UCAGCCUUGGGAAGAGGUCCAGGAAACAUCAACAGAGAUUCAGUCGAACAAGGAAGCCAUAAAGCGCAAGUAUCUCAGGGAUGUAGUCUGGAUGGAAGGAAGACAGACUAGCUUAAAGGGUUAAGAAUGGAGUAAUAACUGCUCAGUGUUGUGUUGUGAAGUUUAUUAAAUGAACUAGGUGUUGAACAUUGCUCUGUUCCCAUUGAAGGUGCUGAGAACCAUUUCUACUCAGUCCAUUAGGUUGUGUGGUGGUUUGACUAGGUAUGACCCCCAUAGACUGACAUAUUUGAAUGCUUGGCCAACGCAGAGGCUCUUUUUGGAGGUGUGGCCUUUUGGAGGAAGUUUGCCACUGUGGGAUAGGCUUUGAGGUCUCCUAUGUUCAAGCUCUGCCGAGUGUGAGACACAUUCUCCUCUUUGCUGCCUAUAGAUGAAGAGGUAGAACUCUCAGCUCUUUCUCCAGCACCGUGUCCCAUGUCUGCCUGCACGCCGCCAUGCUUCCCGUCAUGUUGAUAAUGGACUGAGCCUCUGAAAUUUCUGGUGCCAAAAGCCUGGAGGGUUUCCGGAUAGCCAUUGGUCUUCUGUCCACAUUGGAAGCCCAGAGAAAGAAUAUGACAGCAACAGCAGUCCCAUUCACCAGUGAAAGUUUACAGGAACCAUGGGCCUUCUGGAGACCUGUAGACAACAGGAAGCUACUUUGAGAGACUAUAGCAAGAAUUUAUGACCUCUCAGAAACGCCAUAUAAGCUCUUGCACCUGCCACCCUUGCCAAGAUGUAAUUGGGAGGAAAAAGUCCUCCAUUUUUUUUUUCAUCUGCCCCUCUUGCUGCCAGCACAGCUCUUUCCCUGACAGUGUUUCUCAAGUCAAAGGCAGAAGCUGAACGGGAGUGUACGUGGACUCAAAACUAUCACCUCCCCCAUCUUCCGGAGCUGUAGGUGAGCGCUGAGCUCCACGUCCUCGCCAGCUUUCCCUGCCACGCGGUCGGCAGCCUCGAGGCCGCUGGAAACUACAACUCCCAGGAUCCCUCGCGGGGCGGACGGAAGGCGGCGGGCGUACAAAGCGGUGUGGGAAGCUAGCGGCCGCGAGGCCGCGCUCGGGGUCCGGUGGCUCAGCGUCCCCGCGGCCUGAGGCGUCAGCUGCGUGGGCGCUCACGCAGGGCGGGUCGCGCGGCGCGGGCCGAGAGGGAAGUCGUGACGGCGGCGUCGGGAACAGCAGCGGCGGCGGCGGUGGCGGUGGGAGCGUGGUGCUGACAGGCCGUGGGAGAAAUGGGAGACCCAGGGCCGGAGAUAAUAGAAUCUGUCCCACCAGCUGAGCCUGAGGCAUCGGAGUCAACAACGGAUGAAAACGAAGAUGACAUUCAGUUUGUUAGUGAAGGACCAUUAAGACCUGUUCUUGAAUAUAUUGAUCUGGUCAGCAGUGACGAUGAAGAGCCUAGUACCUCUCAUAGCGAUAGAAUGCCUGAAUCUAAGGUGCCAUCCUCUGAGAACCAUCGCCCAGAAAUGUGCUCUAGCUGCAGUGUUCCUCUUCCCAUUGGAGACAGCAGUUCCUCCUCUGGGAGUUGUGCCAACAGUCCACAAAGAAUAGUUUCUCAACCUUCUUCUGUUGAGAACCCAUUGGAGACCCAGAAAAAUGAUCAAAGUAAUUCAGAUAUUAAUAUAUCUGAAACAGAGACACAUAAAUCACAAAAUUAUCAGACUCUGCCUUCAUCAUCACUUCUGGUCCCCCAAGAGUCUUUGGCUUUUUCUGAGGUCAAAGAGGAUUUACCUAUGGCGAUGUCUUCAGUUUCACAGAAUGGACAGGAUGCCAUCCUUUAUCUCCAGACACAAGUGGCUGAGAUGUCCCGAGUCAUACGUGAUCUGCAGUCCAGGAGUUGUUUUAGAUUUCAUCAUUCUAGGCCAAGUGAAAACUCAUCAGUUUCUUGGGAUAUCUCCACCUCUAAGGAGGACAGUUUAUCUACAGUUGAAGAAGAGUCUGAUUGCAAAUCUCCAUCAGCUGAUGAUAAAGGACAGCCACCUGACCCCAUGCAGUCUAGUUUCACGGGUCUUUUGAAGAGAAUGGAACAAAGAGGUGUUAUAAAAAGGGUGACGUUACAGUCUGAAGCUGAAUCCUGUGAGGGGAAGCCUGAUUGGAUGACUUCUAAAAAACGUUUGGUUCCUCCAUUGCAUCCACUUUUGAGAAUUGCCACCACUGAAGUUUUUAAAGACCCUGCUGAUUGCCAUCCCUCUUCCUUCAUGGGGCACAGGGUAUAUCCUGUGGCCAAGGACUCAUCUCCUUUCCAGCCAAAUCCACCAGCUGAGGGACCCAUUAUAGAUGUACUAGAACAUAGCAAAAGAGGAAACACAACAUCUCCUUUAGACUCUACCUCAAAAGAAAUGGAGGUCAUGGGUUGUAGGUUCUACCAUGCUGCUUCCAUUGCAGCUCGAGCUGCUAGCUACAUGGCCUAUAUGACUCAGUAUCAACGUAAACUCUGGGAAGACAUGGAAGAUCUGGUUCAUGACCCAGAGUUUGAUCGUGGAAAAGCAAGAUGUAUAAUAUCUGAUGGCAUGGAUGCAGGACUUUGGCAGCUCUGUACCACUAGGGACAUAAUGGACUCUGUAGUCAGAGUUAUGGCCAUGGCAGUGGACUACAGAAGACAGGCCUGGCUCCGACUUACAUCUCUCACUAAGAAAACCCAGGAGAAGAUCUUACACUUGCCCUUUGAUGGCACUUCUCUUUUUGGACAAGAUGUGAAUGCUAUUGUUGCAGAAGACAAUAGUAUUAAAGAAAGUGAAUAUAAGGAUCACAAUAAAUACUAUACUCAGCAUCGAUACUUUUAUAGUCAUGAUCAGAAAGCACAUUAUCACAACAGAGGGUACUCCAAAGGGGAUUGGUACAAACCCCGGAAUCACCCCUAUAGAUACAGAAAAAAGGGAGACUCUCCAGAACGACAUGGGUAUAAAAAUUAAUACUCUAGAUGUUUAGUAGAUCAGCCUUCCAAAAUCCUAGUUUACCUGUUCUUCUCCAGGUUGGAGGUCAUCUCAAAAAUGAGUGCAUGUCUGGAAUAAUCACAGCUGAUGUUAGAGUUCUAGACUUUUAGAAUGAAGUAUAUAUAAAAAAGACUUAAGCUUUAUUGGACAAAUGGAGACUUUGCUCUAAAGAGUGUUGGACAGAGGUUUACUCAUUAUUUUUGGUCCAAAAUAAGUCCAGAGAAUGGUACUCAGGAAUCUGAAUCUUCUGGAAUUAAAAGAAAAUAUGUAGAUUCGUGCCUCAGGAAAAUCUUGUUGGUAAACUGAGUACUAGCAGAUUUUUGGAUCUGGAAACAAUUUGCUACUAGAUCAGUCUUUACUAAGACUGAAGUGUAAAAACCUUCAUUUUUAGGACAUCGAUGCUUCUGGAACUUCAGGCUUCAACUUGGUGGCUCAUCAAAAAAUGAUAGAUCUGUUACAGUCCCUAUGUUAAGAUGAUCAGCUCAUCAUAGUUCAUUUUAUUAUCAAGCUCUGUGAGACUUCAGAAUUAGCCAUGAAGCUAUGUGUCUGCUGAAAUUCAUUAAAAGUUUUGCCAAAUCCAGUUUGUUUGUAACUGGGAUGACUGAAUGUUACAGGUCUACUUUUGGAUUCAAUGUGGAAAAAUAUUUUCCUCCCUAUAACAUCACUGUAGAAAAGUUAAGCUGUCUUCAUCCUGGCUAUGAUGGGUUACUACACCAUAACUACUCAUAACUGCAUGUGAGAUAGCGCUCAUUGACAUCAAACCUAAUAGUCUUUGGCUCACCAAGCUCUCAUAUCAACCAUCUAUGGGACUCAGGCAUAGAAGUGUCUCUAAUGUGGGCCUUUCUAUGAGAUACGGCCUUCAUAAACCUAUCUUCUAAGCAGUUGGUUUUUUUUUGAGCUUGAUAGUGCAUUAUGUUCUCAAUACAGUAGACAAAUGCAUCACCAUGACCCUGGAAAUACAGGAUAUCAUUGCCGUCAUCCAGGCAUGCAAAUCUGAACUCUUUAAGAGCAAGAAUUCCAAACAUGCCUGACAAUCUGGUCUCUCUUGAAAUAAAGAGGGAUGCUAUUAGUUUAGACUUCGUUGAGAAAUCCUUGAGAUGUAAAAUGUGACUGGGUGUUUUCAAGAUACACAGCUGUUUCUGGAUAUUUUUAUUGGGUUCUUGAAAGGCUGGAAUUAAAACUUCAGUGACAUGUUUUUGGUUAAUUUGUCAUGUAAUCCAGUUGGACUCACUCUGAGAUGACUUACAUUUUGCUCCCAAUAAUAACUCUCCACCUUUCUGGAGCUGGCAGCAGAUACCUCAGUUAUAUUAAUGUCCUGCAGUAUCAUCUCUUUAAUCUCAAGGCAAUGGCUGUAUGAUAUACCAGGCUCUAUGUCCUUGUCUUCACAACAUGACUUAAAGUAGAGAAAAUGUCAAGUUUGAGGCGGUCUGAACACUUUACCCAAUGUAACUUGGCAACCAAAAAACUGUUUUGUGUGUGUGUGUGUAGUUUUUUUGUUUGUUUGUUUUUUCACAAAUAUAAUUCUGUGACCUUUUGGUUGUUCAAACAUCUGGGUUUUUGUUUGUUAGUUUGUUUUUUUAAUUUUUAAUCUGCUUGAUGAAAAUGUCUUUGGUAUUCUAUUAAUGGAAUAUAGCACUGUCUUAAGGGUUUAUUGGUUUCUGUUUUUUAUGACUUUUGCUUUAUAAUGGUUGGCAAUAUUUGUGAUGCUUACCUUUUUGUAAUUUAUUAGAAAACUUUUCCUACUUCCAUACCAAUAUUCAUCACCCUACUUAAUUUGUAUUUCUUGUUGUUUGUUUUUGAGACAGGGUCUCACUACAUAGAGCUAGCAGGGCUGGAGGUUGCUAUGUAGACCAGGCUGGCCUUGGACCCAUAGAGAUGUGCUUGCUCUCUGCCUCCUGAGUGUUGGAAAUAAAGGCAUGUGCCAUCAGGCCAAGCUGCUUCUAAUUUGUGCCAUACAGAUUGAAGGCACGAAUUUUCCAACUCGGAGGAAGUUACUUUGUCAGAUAAUUUUAGGGUACUGUAUUGGUCCUAUUUGCUUUAUUUGUAGACUUGAACUUGAACUUGUUUAUCAAGAUCAUUUAGCAAAUUUAACUGAAUUGUAUGUUAAUAUUUACCUUAUUUUUCUGUGCUGUCCACAAAAUUUUAUUUUGGCUUGCUUAGGUUUGUUCCAGGGCUCUCUAAAAUGUCUCUCAGAAGAACUCCAGAAAAACAUAACUUUUGUAGUGUAUAAUGAAUGCUGUACAAAGGAGUAGACUUAAGUCCGUAACUGUAGCAGUGUAUUUUUCUUCUGUGAAAUGAGUAGCCACCCAGACUUUACUGGGAAAAAGUUGCACAUAGCUUUGUGCGGUAUUUCUGAUUAGUUUAGGCUGCUUCUAAUUGUUCUUUUCCAUCUUGCCCUGAAUUAGAUAUUACAGAUGACAUGAUUUGUGAGAUACUCUUGUUGUUCAAAAACAAAACAAAAAUAGUGCUUGAAGAUGUAUUCUUAGAAACUGUUUGGCACUUCCACCUAAUUUAUUUGUCCCUGCUUUAAAUGAUAGUAAACAACAACAAAAGCACAUAAAAUUUAGCACUUUAAUAAUUUUGACAUUAUUGUACAGCUCUUAAAUAUUUUUAAGACAGCACUACUCUUGUCUGAGAUGUUUUUUUUGUUCAUUUAUGAAGUAAAAGUAACAUAGCUUGACCACUAACUGAUAACUCCAAAGAAUUCAGUUUUUCUCAAAGUGAAAAGUAUCAGGAAAUUACCAAAUUGGUGAUCAAACAGACACCUAAUAGAAGAAUUUGGCAGUUGAGUCAUUUGUGGACAGAGUGUGGUAGGGUGGGAACACUUGACUCAGAAAGAAUGCUAUUCCAGUAUCCUUCACCUACUUAUGUCUUUAAUCUGGCAUACUUGAAUGAUGAUGGUAGUGUUAUAAGAAUAAAAGUUGGUACUUGGUCCUGUUGAGACCACCCCAGUAGACAGCCCCAGUAGAAGAUAACAUUUAGAUGUAACCAGAUAAAUGUUUAGAUUAUGUCUGCCAUGUACAGAAUUUCCUGUACGAUGACUUCUGAGUGAAAAUACCACUUUUUUUUAAGACACCUUGGAAUAGUUAGAAGUGUAAGAUUUGAUUUUCUCAAAAAGGAUGUUUUUAGUGAUCUUUUCAUUCAAAAUGUCAUUUCUUGACUAGACAUAAGAUGUAUUUGGAGAUAAGAUUUUUUUGUAGUUACUAUGUAUAGAGAAAUACUAUUUCCAUUUAUUGUUAUAUAAAGUGCCUUUUUAAAUUUCACUCUUAUGUUUAAGACCCAACCUUUGAUGUGGUAUUUAUGUGACUUCUGUACAGUGAUUUAUUAUUAGUUUAUUAUCUGUACAAUUGCACUAUUUAAAUGUACUCCUUCUGAAUGCUAUUGUUUUCUUUAUAACACUGUUAAUUUCAGAAGGUUAUAGAAUAAAUUUCCCUAUUUAAUGUCACAGAAGUUCUUCUUAGGUUUUAGUGAUUGGUUCUGUUUUCUAGACAUAAUGAAGCUCUUUUUUUCUUUGCACGUUCUAGAUUUUCUGAUUGAGUCAUCUGUCUCAUAUCUAACCUUGUUCAUAGCCAUAGUAACACAGCUUAUAUUUGCUAAAUGGAUGUGUUUACUGGGAUAGAAGAAGCAAGGACAUUAAAACAGUAAAGUUAAUGACACUCUAUAUUUAUAAGUAGUAGUCUGUGGCAGCUUCCUUAUCAGUAUAAUUACUUUUUCCCCCUUUUAAACUGGCAGCUUCUCUAUCAGUAUAAUUGCAUUUAUUUACUUAGCCUUCAAGAUGCCAUUUUGAGGGCAGCAUAUACUCUUUCAGGCUACUUUACUGCAUUAUACCUAAGUGACCUGAUUGAUAAUGUCCUUAAGGGCCUGAUACAUCCAGGAUAAUAUAUACCUCUCAGGUAUGGUUAGCAAGGAGGUUGAAAAGAUGAAGUCCAGAAGUCCCUCUCACUGUAGAACUGGACACUGCUAAGGGUGAACAUAGAGGUUAGUGGCACAUUCAUCAUUUUUAAGCUUAUUGGGAUUCUGCUGAAGGCUUGAAAUCAUGGGUUAGAUCUUUAUAGAAUAGGUGAUUGCAAUAACAAAAAACCUUUUCCUUUAAUGUGAGGCAUAUUUUGCCCCAGUCUUGCACUGUCUAGUUCCUGUUUUUGAAAUUUACCCAUAUGUACUUAAUGUUGGUGGCUAGACCAAUAACUGAUUGUCAGUGUGGACACAUCUUAUGCAUGUCAUUCAGUUGGUCAGAUUGGUUCUGUAUGGUUUUUGGUGGACAUACAAACUAGUCAGUUCUUUUCACUUAAAAUUUAAAGGAGGAAGUUACCAGUAAAUAAAUGUUGAUUACUGUAUUGAAUGCAAAACUUUUUUCAUAUUUAACAAGUUUUAUAAACUAUUAAAAUGUAUGGAGUUUCCCUUCCUGAAUGAUUGAUGAGAAUGCUGUUUUAUUAAAUUCUCUCAUGUUAGUGGAGUCCCAUUUUUGUACUCCUGUGUCAUUAUUUAUUUGAUUUUAUUAUAAUGCACUUUUGUAAUGCUUAGAACAUGAGAUCUUACUACUGGAGUUUGUGCUCUCUUUCUGUGGGAUGUAGAGGUCGUCACAAUUCAGUUGUGUCUUGAGAGGGUCUUUAGGUAGCUGCCCCAAACAUGAUUUUCCUGUCUGGAGGCAAGGACUUGAAGAAUGUGGCAGCAUGCUGGGCUUUUAGUCAUGUCCUGUUGGUGAGGGUUUUUGAUAUUGGUCUGUCUUUCCCCAGAACCUCUUUCUAAAGAAAGUCUGGUUUUCCCUCAAUCUCUUUGAUAUUUUUAAUUGUACUAUUAAAUACUUAACAGAAAUGUUAUGUGUGUGCGUGAGGUAUAUGACUGUGUAUGGUGUGUGAACAUAGCAUGUGGUGACCAGAGGUUAAUGUCAGGUGUCUUCCUUAUUUACUUUCUUAUUUAUUUUGCACAUUUUUGUUUCUUUGUUUAAGACAGGAUAUAUCUUUUACUGAAACAUGAUUUCACAGGGUUGGAUAGACUGGCUAGCCAGUGAGGUCUAGGAGAUUCCUACCCCACCCCUCCUCAUACUGGAUCAAAGGUGCAUGCCACUGUGCCCAACAUUUUACUGGGGCACUUGGGUCCUCAUAUUUAUGUGGCAAAUAUUUUUUCUGUUGAGCCAUUUCCCACCUCAUCUUUGCUUGCUUGCUCAACUUUCCCCCCUCUCUCUUUCCCAUCAUCCCCCUCUUUUUCCACCCCCUAAUCAUAUUUUACUUUCCUAGUGUUGGAAUCAUAAGUGAAGCAUUAUGUCUUACUAGCCAAGCUUUUGAUGUGAAUUUGUAUAUUUAAUUUGUUUGUUUGUUGUAAGCAUUUAUGAUACGAAUGUAUUUAGUUUUCCCUAAAAAUCGUUAAAAAAAAAAUAGAAGGUUUGGAGGCUCAGUGGGUAUAUUACUUGCCUAAUGGGCAGUUAGCUGUGGGCUCAAACCCCAGUCCUGCAUAAACCAGGAAUGGUGGUGUAUGUCUGUAAACACAGUACUUAGGAUGUAGGCACAGAAGGAUCAGAAGUUCAAGGUCUUAGCUAAAUAUUGAAUUCAUGGGUCUCAUGGUCCACAUGAGACCCUGGCUCAGAAAGAAAAAAGAAAAAAAAUCCUGUAGCUAGUUUAGUUUCUGAGUGCUCCUUGACUAAUAACUUUCAAUUUAUUUUUAAUAUCUUGUUUAAUGGCAUUUUUUUAGUUCAGGUGUAUUUUUGUUGUUGGUCUUGUUUUUUUAUAUAAUGACUCUAUAGUCUAGGUUGGCUCCGAAUUCAAGACAAUUUCACCUCACUUUUCCAUGUACUGGGAUUUCAGGAGUGAGCCAUUGUCUAUUUUUCAUAGAUGCAUUCUGUAUAUAUUGUUAGUAGUUAAAUUUGUCACCAUAAGAUUAAGUUAUAGUAUAGCUCUGAUAUAUUGUAUCUUAAAAUUAACCAAUCUUUGGGUUUUAAGGGCUUUACUAGUUUUAUUGAGGGAACUAUUGCAGAUGGUAUAUUGGAUUUUUUUGAGGUCAGAGUUCUCAGGUUUCUCUUAGAACUUUGAAGACCCCAGAUUUUGUUUUUAAGUAUUAUAGUGUGUCUGUAUCCUUGACUCUUUGGUAUAAGUAAAAGUAAAUGUUGUAUAUUUGAUAUUUUUAAAAGCUUCAACCCUGACCGUAAAUGCCUCAUAAUGCUAUUAGAGGUUCUUUUAGCUCUUUUACAAGGGUAGCUUUUCAUAUGCUCCUUUCCCCAUGAACUAUAUCCUGUGAUUUUGUUUUCUUUCAUUAUCUGUAAGGGUGACUAUCACAGCAUUCAAUUUGAAGGGACACAGAACUCCCACUUUUGUCUAUGAUGGCUGAUUCACAUUCUUUGGAUUUAUAAUGCAGUUUAUGUGCUAAGUAACUAUCAUGCUGUGGACCCUUUAUUUCUCAGUGAGGCAACUGAACAAUGAUGGAAUAAGAUUACCCCAAGUCUUUAAGGCACAGGGUGUGUUAAUUUUUGUUGCUUUGUGUGUGGGAUGGGUGGUGUAUUUUCACACAGGGUCUUAUUGUAUAGCCCAGACUAGCUUUGAACUUGUAGCAUUUCUCCUGCUUCAAGUGCUGGGAUUCUGAGACAUUGUUUGAAAAAAACAUCUUAUUGCCAGUUAGGUGUGGUAGCCCAUACCUUUAUUUCCCAGCAGUCUGGAGGCAAAUGCAGGCAGAUAUCUAUGAGUGGGCAGCCUGGUUUACAUGGCCAGUUCCAGGCCAGCCAAGGCUACAUAGUGAAACUCUGUUUCAAGAAAAAGUAGAAAAUCAAUAGUAAAAAAACAUCCUUUUUGUUGUGACAGUUUUCCUGUUUGUAAUGCAGCCUAUUCUUUAUUAUCUUAAGUAAAAUACAGCUAAUAUGUAAAUAGCCUCAUUCAGAUUCUUAGCACAGAAUUGUUUGCGCGUGUGUUAAUAUUUCUUUAAUGACCUGUAAUGGUUCUGUGUAUUGUGAACGUUUAGAUCACCUUCAUAUUGAUUGUUUAGUUGUCAGCUUCCUGUCUGGGAAGAAAGGCAAGGAGAGAAUGUGUAUCCUGUAUGCACUAAGCAUUCUUUAGCGAGACCUUCAUCUCUCUGCAGAUGUGGACAUUAAGUGAUUUGCUCAAGUGGUGCGCCUCCACUUUGAUGCAGACUCGCUCAGGUUGGGCUGCCGUGUCUUUGAUGGACAAAUGUUUCCUGUUUAUGGCUGUACAUGUACUCUUGUUACUUAGCACUAGUUUUGAGUUAUUUCACUUGCCAGAUGAGCCACAGGCUGCUUCAUUCUUCCAUUGGUGCCCUUGUUCUGAACUAAGGUUAUUCUUAACAAUGUUCACGGUUUCUCUUUAACAUGUACUCAUAGUCCAUUUACUUGCAGCACUGAUCGUUACAGUCAUAAUUCUUACUGCUUGCUGUUUUUGUACCACUUUUGUUUAAUGAAAAAAUAAGUGGAAUUUAGUGUUAGCAAGUUACCUACUGUCUCAGCCUCAGUUUCCCUACUUUAAUACAUACUAACUGGGCAUGGAUGCACAGCACUGGGAAGGCAGAGACAGACUAGACUGGUCUACCCAGGACAGCCAACACUACAUAAAAAGAUCUUGCCAAGUAAAUAAAUAAAUAGUGAUUGCUAGAAAUACUUUGAAAAACACUAAAACCCAAUGCAGAUUUAAUUUUAUAACUAAUUUUGGUGUUCUACAUUCUUAGAUUUCCUAUGAAUGGGAUGAUACUGGGUAUAAAUUAAUGAAUACUUUUUUAGUUUUUGAAGAUUUCAUACAAGUAUACCAUGUAUCUUGAUCCGAUUUACAACUACUCCAUGCUGCUUUUCUGGGCCUCCCUAAAUGUAUCUCUCUCCCAAUUUACUGGCUUUAAAAAAAAAAAAAUCCCUCUGCCUUCAUUUUGUGCUGCCCAUUUGUACAUGUAUGGGGUCAUCCACUGGGCAUGGGCAGCAUACCAGUAGUCACCCUUCAGUACCCACUGUGUGUAGGCAAGGACUGAGAAAAGGUAUGGGUAUGCUGAGGGACUGGUUAUGGAGUACAUUCUUACAUGGGACCCUGUCUUAAAAACCAAGUGAUCCAGGUACUCUUGAGCAAGCCAAAUGCCAGUACACUGUAGUAACUACUUAAUUCAGAAUAAUGCCUGUGGUGCUGUUGGAAUGAAAAGGCCAGCUAGAGAGGUAAAAAGCUUUUCUACCAACUAGCUCAAGCUGAGCUUUGAGGAUGUUAGUGUAAUCUGCUGGAAAAACAGCCAUUUAGUGUGUCUGGCUUCAGAAUUUUAAGGGCAGCCUUUAGGGGCAGAAAUGAAGUUAAGCUGCAGAAAGGGUUAAGUUAUGCAUGAAAAUGUGCUGUUUCUUAUGACUCAAAGUGUUGUGUGUGUGGUCCUUCCCUGAAAUUGUCUUACACUUUGCUUAUGGACAUCUAAAACAGUGUAAGCUCAGAGAAAGACCUUAGCGUUGCAUUUCUGGUCUGGGGCAGCUUAAACAAUUCAGGACUAGUGAGAGCACUGAAGACAAUAUGGCUACAGCUGCAUAGGGUUCUUUCAGCCAGCACCUUCUUCAGAGCAGCUAAAUGUGGAUAAUACCUCUUAGUGCCAACUGAGGAAAUUUCCAGCUAGGCUUGGAGAGAAUGAAAAUUUCUAAGAAUGUUGUAAUUUACAUCUGUAGGUGUUUUGAAGGAACUCUAAACCUGGUGCUAUUGGUAAUUCCAGUAGCCCCAACCACUAUUUAUCAACCUCUGUGGGUUUUUUUUUUCCACCUCCUCCUCCCUCUCUCUCUUCCUCGUCAUCUUCUCUUUCUCCUUCUCCUCCUCCUCCUUCAUUAUCAUCAUCAUUUUCUGGACCAGGACCUCAUGUAGCCCAGGCUGGCUUUGAACUCACUGUAUAGCUUAGGAUUAGCUAGAAUUUUUUAUUUCCCUACCUCCACCUCUUGAGUGCUAAGUUAAUAAGACAUGAGGAACCAUGCUUGGUUUAUUCUGUGUUAACCCAGGGCUUUGCUCAUGGUAGGCAAGCACCUUACCAGUUCAUACAUUCCAGUCCUCUUAACUUUAUGAGACAGGGUCCACUCUGUAGCCCAGGCUAACCUCACAUCUGCAGUGAUCCUUCUGCUUCAGCCUCUUGAGUGGGAAUCACCGGUAUGAGCCACUGUGCCUAGUCCUGCAUACUUCGCUCUCUCUUCUCCGUGGCUCAUUUCCUCCUCUUCCUUGCUUUUUCUCUGUCUGAGGCAUCACAGUGGCACUCAGGGUUAAACUCUCCUUUAUCACAAUUUUACAUAUUCAAAGAUAGUUAGAAAUUCCUUCUAAAAUUCCAAAGUUGUAUAAAUUCCUGUGAGCAUUGCAAGUAUAUGUUUCCUGUGCUUGAGGAUCUGUUAUUAGAAAUAAAAAAUAUAGAAAGAUAAUAGUUUACUCAAAAGACAUGACAGGUAGAAUUUUAUUGAUGAACAGAUUUGGUGGUUCCAGCUUUCUUAGUGGUAAAAAGUACAGAAUAGGUAUAUCUGCAUGUUUGCUUUUUGCUAAUCUGUGUACUUUGUAUUUGUGAACAAUGAACUGGAGUGGGAAGGAGAUGGCUCUGUAAAAAAGAGGGAUUCUUCAUUUCACAAUUAUUGCUGGGGUGGUGAAUGUAUAUUGUACUGCAUUGUGUUCAUCUCCUGCUUUAUCUGUAUUUGAUAUAAAAUUCUUGAGAAAA